UGAAUUUUUUUUCGUCAUGGCUUUAACAAAGUUGAACCUGUUUACGAGACCAAAUCUAAGUGUGCAGUCAUUGAGUGUUGUUUCAACUCGAUACAAUACUACCACUACUGCCCCUCCUGCUAAGACAAAAUUUGGGCCACUUAAAGAUGAAGACCGUAUCUUCACCAACCUCUAUGGUCGCCAUGAUUGGAGAUUGCAAGGAGCCCUGAAAAGAGGCGACUGGUACAAAACGAAAGAAAUCUUAUUGAAAGGAGUUGAUUGGAUUCUGAAUGAAGUGAAGAAAUCUGGUCUUCGUGGACGUGGAGGAGCCGGAUUUCCUAGUGGCAUGAAAUGGAGUUUCAUGAACAAACCUUCUGACGGUCGACCCCGAUACCUUGUUGUCAACGCUGAUGAAGGCGAGCCAGGAACGUGCAAAGAUCGUGAGAUUAUGCGUCACGAUCCUCACAAGCUUAUCGAAGGAUGCCUCAUCGCCGGUCGGGCCAUGGGAGCCCGCGCUGCCUACAUUUACAUUCGUGGCGAGUUUUACAAUGAAGGAACUAAUGUACAGGUCGCAAUCCAUGAGGCCUAUAAGCAAGGAUUAAUUGGCAAAAAUGCUUGCGGAUCUGGUUAUGAUUUUGAUGUCUUUGUUCAUCGUGGUGCAGGUGCUUACAUUUGUGGUGAAGAGACUGCUUUGAUUGAAUCUUUGGAAGGCAAGCAAGGUAAACCCCGCCUGAAGCCUCCUUUCCCAGCUGACAUUGGUGUCUUUGGCUGUCCGACAACCGUCGCCAAUGUAGAGACUGUUGCAGUAGCCCCGACGAUUUGUCGGCGUGGUGGCGAUUGGUUCGUGGGUUUCGGUCGACCCAGAAACUCCGGUACGAAGCUUUUCAACAUCUCGGGUCAUGUCAACAACCCGUGCACCGUUGAAGAAGAAAUGUCCAUCCCAUUAAAGGAAUUGAUCGAACGCCACGCUCGUGGUGUGAUUGGUGGAUGGGACAACUUGUUGGCCGUAAUCCCCGGAGGUAGCUCCACACCCAUGAUCCCCCGCAAAGUUUGCGAUGAUGUGUUGAUGGAUUUCGACGCCCUGGUAGCAGCGCAAACCGGUUUAGGUACGGCCGCCUUGAUUGUGAUGAACAAGCAGACUGAUGUCGUUCGAGCCAUUGCCCGUCUCAUUGAAUUUUACAAGCAUGAAUCGUGUGGUCAGUGCACACCUUGCCGCGAAGGCACUGGAUGGAUGAAUAAGAUUAUGUAUCGCUUCGUUGAGGGUAACGCCAAACCAGAAGAAAUCGAUAUGCUAUGGGAGCUAAGCAAGCAAAUUGAAGGCCAUACAAUUUGUGCUUUGGGAGACGGUGCUGCUUGGCCCGUUCAAGGUCUCAUCCGGCACUUCCGCCCCGAAAUCGAAGCUCGAAUGAAGAAUUUUGCCGAACGUCAGCAGUGUCAAAAGGUUGCUGCUUGAAAAAUUGUAAAAAUAAAUGGGAGAAAAGUAGAAGCUGUUUUAGAAACCAUAGGUUCAUAUGAACCUAGUGAAUGUCAGCCAUGGUUCAACCACAUAAGAAUGUCUUGAUUGAAGAAAACUAUCAUCAAUGUUAAUGUCAAUUUAGGACAGAUACAAUAUAAUUAAAGGAACUACCUGA